AAUUCAUUACAGCAGGAAGAAGACUAAGGUAGUGUACUCAGCUCUGAUCCAUGAUAUAUCUUAAAUAUCUAUCACUUAUGUAUGUAUCAUCAAUAGGAAGAUUGAUAUGAGAAGAUUGAUUGAUAUUUUAUGCAAACAUGUACUUCUAAAAACAUUAUUAAAUAUGUCAGGUCUCCAGUCUACUAUGGAUGAACAGAGAGAGGAGGCGAGUCCUACCUCUAAAACCACUCUCUCUGGGGAACAUGGGCACCAGAUCAAAGCUCAGAGCCCAGAGCAACAGGAGAGAACAGACUCCCCUGGACCCAGCUGUGUCUCCAUGAAGAGUGACCGCUCAAUGGGGCGUCCACCUGACGCUGGAAAAGAUGGAAGCCCCUCCAGAGAACAUGACACUCUUCAUGUUUCCAUGAAGAGUGACGGCUCUAUGUAUCAUCCUAUUGGAUGUAAAGAUGGAACUCAGUCUAUUGAGAAGAGAAGAGUUCAGCAGGAAAGAACCGACUCCCCUUCACCCAGCUGUGUCUCCAUGAAGAGUGACCGCUCUAUGGGUCGUCCACCUGAAUUUAAAGAUGGACGCCCCUCCAGAGAACAUGACACUCUUCAUUUUUCCAUGAAGAGUGAUGGCUCUAUGGAUCAUCCUAUUGGAUGUAAAGAUGGAACUCAGUCUAUUGAGAAAAGAAGAGUUCAGCAGGAAAGAACCCACUCCCCUUCACCCAGCUGUGUCUCCAUGAAGAGUGACCGCUCUAUGGGUCGUCCACCUGAAUUUAAAGAUGGACGCCCCUCCAGAGAACAUGACACUCUUCAUGUUUCCAUGAAGAGUGACGGCUCUAUGGAUCAUCCUAUUGGAUGUAAAGAUGGAACUCUGUCGAUUGAGAAGAGAAGAGUUCAGCAGGAAAGAACCCACUCCCCUUCACCCAGCUGUGUCUCCAUGAAGAGUGACCGCUCUAUGGGUCGUCCACCUGAAUUUAAAGAUGGACGCCCCUCCAGAGAACAUGACACUCUUCAUGUUUCCAUGAAGAGUGACGGCUCUAUGGAUCAUCCUAUUGGAUGUAAAGAUGGAACUCAGUCGAUUGAGAAGAGAAGAGUUCAGCAGGAAAGAACCCACUCCCCUUCACCCAGCUGUGUCUCCAUGAAGAGUGACCGCUCUAUGGGUCGUCCACCUGGCUUUAAAGAUGGACGCCCCUCCAGAGAAGAGUGGCGACACCAGGAGAGGUCAAAGAUUACCAGUGCUCAGUCUCUACAGCAGCAUCAAGCAGAGCUGAUCAAGAGGGCUGAGGAGAACGCACACUAUUUUCUAGACAAUGAGCUGAAGAAACUCUGGAGGGAUAUUUUUCUACAUUACCCACAAUGCUCAGAGAGUCCGAGGGAGGAGGAGGAGGUGGAGGAGGUGGAGGGUAAGAACAAGGAACAGAGGAGGCUCGCCAUAGAGGGAGUGGUGGAAAUCACAAAGCUCUGCCUGAUGGAGAUGAACCAGGAGGAACAGGCCGACUCACUGUGGAGUGGAGUUGUUGCUGUCCAGUGCCAACACAAACUCAAGUCUCUUCUGAAGGAGAAGUUCAAGGGUGGGGUUGAGGGAAUCGCUAAGGCAGGACAGCCAACAGGUCUGAAUGAAAUUUACACAGAGCUCUUUAUCACUGAGAGCGGCAGUGGAGAGGUCAACAAGGAACAUGAGGUCAGACUGAUUGAAACAGCUUCCAGGAAAUCUGUGAAGGAGGAAACUCCAAUCAGAUGUGAAGACAUCUUUAAGCCCCUACCUGGGCAAGAUCAACCAAUCCGGACAAUAAUUACAACAGGAAUGGCUGGCAUUGGUAAAACCGUCUUAACACACAAGUUCACCCUGGACUGGGCUGAAGGCAAAACCAACCACGACAUACACUUCACAUUUCUCUUCACUUUCAGAGAGCUGAAUUUACUUGAAGGGAAAGAGUUUAGCUUGGAGGAACUUCUUCAUCACUUCUAUCUUGAAAUCAAAGAAGCAGGAAUCUGCAGAUACAACCGUUUUCAAGUUGUCUUAAUAUUUGAUGGUCUGGAUGAGUGUCGACUUCCUCUGGACUUCCAGAACAACCAGAUCUUGACUGAUGUCACAGAGCCGACCUCAGUGGACGUGCUGCUGACAAACCUCAUCAGGGGCGACCUGCUUCCCUCCGCGCGCAUAUGGAUAACAGCACGCCCUGCGGCAGCCAAUACUAUCCCUGCUAUAUUUGUCGACAUGGUGACAGAGGUGAGAGGGUUCACCGACCAACAGAAAGAGGAGUACUUCAGGAAGAGAUUCAGAGAGGAGACACUGGCUAACACCAUCAUCUCGCAUGUCAAGAAAUCACGAAGCCUCCACAUCAUGUGUCACAUCCCAGUCUUCUGUUGGAUCACGUCUACAGUUCUGGAGGACUUCUUCAAAGCAUCCCAGAUAGAAGAGAUGCCCAAUACCGUGACUCAGUUGUACAUCCACUUCCUAUGGGUUCAGUCCAUACAGGGGGACAGGAAGUAUCAUGGGAGAGCAGAAACUAAUCCACACUGGAGUUCAGAGAGCAGGGACAUCAUUGUUUCCCUGGGAAAAUUGGCUUUUAACCAGCUGGAGAAAGGCCAGCUGAUCUUCUAUGAGGAAGACCUGGCAGAAUGUGGCAUUGAUAUCAGGGCAGCCUCAGGGUACUCAGGAGUGUUCACCCAGAUCUUUAAAGAGGAGUGUGGGCUGUACCAGGACAAGGUGUUCUGCUUUGUCCAUCUGAGCAUCCAGGAGUUUCUGGCUGCCCUUUAUGUAUUUCUGUCCUUUAUCAAGAAUGGUGUCAAUCUGCUCUCAGAAGAAAAAUUGACUCUGUGUGGGAUGAAACCCAAGGUCCAGCUCCUCUACCAGAGUGCCGUGGACAAGGCCUUACAGAGUGAGAACGGACACCUGGACUUGUUCCUCCGCUUUCUCCUGGGUCUCUCUCUGGAGACCAAUCAGUUGCUCCUCCGAGGUAUGCUUAAGAAGACAAGAAGAAGCUCAAAGACCAAUCAGAGAACAAUCCAUUACAUCAAGGAGAAGAUAAGUGGAGAUCUCUCUCCAGAGAGAAGCAUCAAUCUGUUCCACUGUCUGAAUGAGCUGAACGACCCAUCUCUAGUGGAGGAAAUCCAACAGUACCUGCAAUCAGGAAGUAUCUCCACCGAAUCUCUCUUCCCUGCUCAGUGGUCAGCUCUGGUCUUCAUUUUGCUGUCAUCAGAAGAGGAUCUGGACGUGUUUGACCUGAAGAAAUACUCUGCUUCAGAGGAUGGUCUUCUGAGGCUGCUGCCAGUGGUCAAAGCCUCCAAAACAUCUUUGCUGAAUGGCUGUCAUCUGUCAGAGAGAUGCUGUAAAGCUCUGGCAUCAGUUCUCAGCUCCAACUCCUGUGGUCUGAGAGAGCUGGACCUGAGUACCAAUGAUCUGCAGGAUUCAGGAGUGAAGCUGCUCUCUGCUGGACUAACGAGUCCACACUGUUCACUGGAAACUCUUAGGCUGAAUGGCUGUCAUCUGUCAGAGAGAUGCUGUGAAGCUCUGGCGUCAGUUCUCAGCUCCAACUCCUUUAGUCUGAGAAAGUUGGACCUGAGUACCAAUGAUCUGCAGGAUUCAGGAGUAAAGCUGCUCGCUGCUGGACUGGGGAGUCCAAACUGCAAACUGGAAACUCUCAGGUUGUCUGGCUGCCUGGUCACACAGGAAGGCUGUGCUUCUCUGGCCUCAGCUCUGAGCUCCAACCCCUCCCAUCUGAGAGAACUGGACCUGAGCUACAAUCACCCAGGAGAAUUGGGAGCUACGCUGCUCUCUGCUGGACUGGAGGAUCCACGCUGGAAACUGGACACUCUCAGUGUGGAGCACGGUGGAGUGUGGAGGCUGAAACCAGCUCUAAAGAAGUAUGCCUGUGAACUCACACUGGACCAAAACACAGCCCACAGACAACUCUCUCUGUCUGAGGACAUCAGAAAGGGGACACGGGAUGAAAAGGAACAGUCAUAUCCGGAUCACCUACAAAGAUUUGACUCCUGGAGACAGGUGUUGUCUAGAGAGAGUCUGACUGGCCGCUGUUAUUGGGAGGUAGAGAAGGAAGGAAGUGUUACUAUAGGAGUGACAUACAGAGGAAUCACAAGAAGAGGAUGGGGUAAUGACAGCAGGCUUGGAUGGAACCACAUGUCCUGGAGCCUUGUUAUGUAUGAUGGUGAUGAUUACAUUGCCCGGUACAAUGGUAGUAAAACAAUCAUACGUCUCCCCCCUGUUGACUCUAACAGAGUAGGAGUGUAUCUGGACCGGCCUGCUGGCACUCUAUCCUUCUACACAGUGUCGCAAGAUGUAGGAGGGUCCUCAGACACACUGACACACAUCCAUACCUUCCAGUCCACAUUCACCCAGAAGGACCUCCUCUGUGGGUUUAGGUUAUGGAGCGAUUGUUCUUCAGUGUCUCUGUGUCCGUUGUAGCAACAUGCACACACACACACACACACACACACACACACACACACACACACACACACACACACACACACA